AUGAUCGAGAACAUCCUCGCCAAUGUGACUGGCGGUGUCAGCCUGCCCGUGGAGUAUCCGGCUGCAGCGAGCCAAAACACCACCAGUGGUGAGAAGUUUGUGGUCGAUACGAACGCCCACGGACUCCGGCACUGUCCGCACCAGAAGUACGCUCUAUUUGGAUAUUCUCAAGGCGCAACUCUGAUACUCAAGGUCCUCCGCCAACUGAGUCCCUCGGCCCUUGAAUCAGUCAAAUCGGUUGUUCUUGUCGGCAACCCGUACCGUCUGCCCGGGAAGAUUUCCAAUGUGGACGCCACUGCCCAGCACGAUGAGAGAGCCUCGGUAGGCAUGUUUGCAGAGGAGGCUAUUGCCGAUAACAAGCCUAUUCCCCAGCUCUCAAAGGAUAUGGACCAGAGUGGUAAAGUGCUCGAUUAUUGCCUGGCUGAUGAUUUUGUUUGUUCGCCCAACCCCGCCUGUUCCUGCCAGAUCCCAGCCGGUCACCUGUCCUAUGGCCUCGUUGAUACCGUUCAGCCGACUGCUUUCGAGCACGCGGUUGGCCGACUCGGGAGCAUAUCUAAAUGA